GUGUUUCUCUCAGCUCAGAGAGAGAGAUGUUGACAAUAGUAGCGCUCGUCUUAAUUUUCCUUCUCUCAGUUUUCUUGCUGCAAAAACGCAGUGCUCCCAAGGCAACGGACAACAUCCCGGGGACUUUGGGAUGGCCCAUUGUCGGGGAGAGCUUCUCGUUCCUCGCCACCUUCUCAAGCCCGGCCGGCAUCUUCAGCUUCAUGCAAGAGAGACAGAAAAGGUACGGCAAGGUGUUCAAGAGUUAUGUGUUGGGGAGAUAUACCGUGUUCAUGACGGGGAGAGAAGCGAGCAAGAUUCUACUGACAGGGAAAGAUGGGCUAGUGAGCCUCAAUCUCUUCUACACAGGGAAGCAAGUUCUUGGCCCUACAAGCUUGCUUACACAGAGCGGAGAAAUGCACAAGAGGCUACGACGACUCAUAGGGGAGCCCCUCUCGAUGGACGCUCUCAGAAAGUAUUUCCCAUUCAUCAAUGCGUUGGCCGUGGAGACCUUAGAUCAUUGGUCCAACCAAAAAGUUCUAGUUCUUGAAGAGGCUUCAACGUUCACAUUGAAGGUGAUCGGCCACAUGAUCAUGAGCUUGGAGCCUACAGGCGAGGAACAAGAAAAGUUCCUCGCCGUGGUGACGACGCCGUCGUUGGUGGCGGAAGUGGUGGUGGAGGAAGCGGGGGCUACGACGGCAGCGGUGGUGGCGGUAGCGGCGGCUCCGAAUUAA